UGACUCGGGAGCAUCCGUUUCGCGACAAAUAUCUGUUCUACCGGUUCCGGGACGACGUGGACGUCAUGGGGUCGAUGAACCCGACGACGGCUGAGAGGCGCGAGGCUGAGUCCCAGCUGCCGGCUGCACUGGCCACCCUGCAGCAACGCGCGCCAGACGCCCUCAUCCGGCUCGUCCUCCGCAAGCCGUCGAGCCAGCGCUCCUGCGAGGACCUGGAGAUGGUGUACGAGGAGCUGAUGCACAUCAAGGCGCUCUCGCACCUGACCAACUCGGUGAAGCGCGAACUGGCCGGGGUCAUCGUCUUCGAGUCGCACCUGAAAGCUGGCACCAUUCUGUUCCACCAGGGGGACGAGGGACAGUCGUGGUACAUCAUUCUGCGCGGCUCCGUAAACGUAGUCAUCCACGGCAAAGGCACCGUCACAACGCUCAGCGAUGGAGACGACUUUGGGAACCUGGCCCUCAUCAACGACGCGCCAAGGGCGGCUACCAUCGUCUGCCGGGAGAACAGCUGUUUCUUCUUGAGAGUGGACAAGGAAGACUUCAACCGGAUCCUGCGCGACGUCGAGGCCAACACCGUAAGGCUCAAGGAGCACGGCAAGGACGUCCUGGUGCUGGAGAAGCUAGCUGAGCCCGGCUCGGCUGCCCAGUUCAAGUAUUCGGUGAUGGCGGGCACGCCUCAGAAGAUGCUAGAGCAUCUGCUGGAGACUCGCUUCAGUGGCUUCUCCGAGACCAAGACAUCCGAGAUCACUAUAAGUGAUCUCUUCCUGGAUGACUUCCUCCUCACCCAUGUCAUCUUCUUCCCGUUCAAGGAUCUCACUGAAGAGCUCAUCAACAAGUACCGCGCGAGUCAAGAGUCGAACCCGGAUGGCGAGUACGUGCUGGCCUGCAAGCGACGCGUCAUCCGGUUCCUGCACCAGUGGGCCAGCACCAUACGCGAGCCGGUGCUGGAAGACUUGAGCAGUGCUAACUCCAGCUUUCUCGAGGACCUGUACCAUCUGGUGGAGGCGGACGCCACCACCUACGGCCAGCUGUUCCGCGAGGAGACCCACCUAAUGAUGGACCUGAUGGAAAUGAGGGAGAAAGCACGCCAGGAGCGGCACUCGUACGGCGUGCGCAAGUGGAAGAUGCCGUCCGAGGGCCACCGCGUCCUCCUGUUCAGCGGCAGCUCAGUGGACGAGGAGGCAGCCGACCGGGCGCGCCCCAUGCAGCACCAUGACGAGAUGAUAUUCCGGGUGUACUGCGCCGACCACACGUUCUGCACGCUCAAGUUCCCGCUGUCAGCCACGGUGGCAGCCAUCAGGCGCAGCGCCGCCGAUAAGCUAGGACUGAACAACGACGAUCUGCUGCUGGUGCAACUUAAGUCUUCCGGCGAGCGGACGGUCCUGAGGGACGCUGCCAACAGUGUCACCACCGGGCUCAGCCUCAACGGCCGGCUCUUCGUCUCGCCCAAGGACCAUCUCGACGCCCUGACGCCACUGCCGGAACAGGAGGGCCCGACUGAAAGCAGCUGCUUCGAUAUCGAGGCAUACAACACGCGAGACAUGGCAGUGGCCAUGGCCCAGCUUGACUGGGAGGCUUUCAACAAGAUACACGAGUACGAGAUUCUGUACCACGUGAGCGGCCGGGAGCAGCCGGGACGGACGACAGCCAACCUGGACGUGUUUCUGUGCCGCUUCACCGAGUACCAGCACUGGGUGAUCACGGAGACGUGCCUGUGCGCCAAUCUCAAUCGACGCGUCGGCCUGCUCAAGAAGUUCAUCAAGCUGGCCACCGCGUGCCGCGAGUUGAAGAACCUCAACGCCUUCUUCGCCAUCGUCAUGGGCCUGAGCAAUACGGCCGUGUCGCGACUGACGCAGACGUGGGAGAAGCUGCCGUCCAAAUUCCGCAAGAUGUACGCCGCCUUCGAGGUGCUCAUCGACCCGACGCGCAACCACCGCGCCUACCGCGUCUACAUGGCCGACCUGCUGCCGCCCAUCAUCCCGUUUAUGCCGCUGCUUAUCAAAGACAUGACCUUCACCCACGAAGGCAACCGCACGCACAUCAACGGUUUGGUGAACUUUGAGAAGAUGCACAUGUUGGCGCAGACCAUGCGAACGCUUCGCUACUGUCGCAGUCGGCCACUAGAGUCCGAUGUGGACCAGGUGUCGCGAGUUGAGUUCGAGAUCCGGCGCCAUUUGCGCUCUCUGUACGUCAUCGACAAUCAAAAGAUCCUGAACACGCUCAGCCAGAAGAUUGAGAGCCGGAGAACGUGAGAGUGACCCGGGCGACAUCUCGCGGGGCAUCGUCAAUCUGAGCUUUGGCACCAUCGCGCCAGGUGCACGGUGCCGCAGGUCGCCUUCCACACCAGCAGGGACAUUGCAGCUCCUGUCCUACUCUGAGCAGCGUGACUUGGCCGCCACAAGAGACGCCGCGCCAGGAGACGUGACUGGACGAGCACCAGUGACGUCACAGCUGCUCCGCCGAGUCGUUAAGCCGAGUGAGCGGACCGGCCUGUCCGCCAGUCAUCGGCUGGCGUCCCGCGGAGGACAGCCGGGUGUCGCCGGUGGCGCCUCAGCUUAUGGUUUGUCUGUAGUGGCGACGGUCUGCUGGACGGUUCCGCGCGAUCGCUGACGUAAGACCGGGUGCUGUGGUCGGACGCGCCGCCCCGCGGCUCGUAUCCGUUUGUAGGGAAUGUCUCAUCCCAGCAAAUUCUAGCCUGCGUAUGUGGCUGUGUAUCACGCACCAAAGGUUAUGCUAGUCCUCAAUCCACAUUUUCUCGGUGAGCUUAUGAGCCGCCUCGAUGCAAUGAGCCGCCUCGACUACCAGCUCCCGUCAUUUUGUGUUGGCUCAAUAUGGUGGAAGGCAUUGGCGUAUGAUAAGGCAGUGGUGUCUUUAACGUGGUCAAACCUGAUACAUGUGAAACCGCAGUAUUAGAACCACGACCUACUCCGCUUAGAUGGGUGGAUAUGUCACCGGUGAGGACGGCUCGCCCGUAGCUCUGUGACCCUCCGACGCCUACCGACUGUUACGCUGCAGAGUCCCUGGAGCGCGGUGUGAGUGCGUGUUAUAUUUGGAUCUGAGCAUUCGGAGUCGGAAUAUUCGAAGGUUUAAUCAAGAAAUCUGAUUAAAAUGUGAAGCUUAUCAUCCAAGUGGUCGGAAAUAUUCGAACGCUUGUUCAAAGAGGCACACAGAUGUGCCCAAAGUCGUUCAAUAGUCUGGUUUCCACGAGUGGGCUAGAUUUGGAUCGGAUUUCCUUACUGAUAUUGCGGGUGGUGUUUCCAUCACCGUUUCAUGACGGAGCCUGAAGUUUUGAACCCGCAUUCCAGAGCUGUUAUGUGGAUCUGGGCACCAUGUAUGGCGCACGCGCGACUUUCGUGAUAGGAAAAUGCGUAUUUAUACACUGUAUUGCAUUUAACAGAAACAGUAUUUGCACUGCUCUUGAGGCACUUAACAACAUUUUUAAAGCUAACAAGACAAGCUAGUUCCAGCAUUCCUAAUCCUGGGGAAAGUUUUAUGCACAGCCAACGCCUUCAGAUAUGUGACCCCAUUCUUCAGUCAGCUUGGAUGAUAUCACGUAGUUUGCACAUAGGAAGUUUUUUAAUAUCAUUUAUGCUACACUUUCUGGCAAUCGAAUAGCAAAUCAUGAAAGUUGUACAAAAACAUUCGAAUAGCACAUCCGUGCCGAAUGCUCAGAUCCAAUUCAAUGUUUCACAAACAUCGUGCUGAAACAAGAAAAAUCUAAUGAUAUGCAUAUAUACAUAUACAUAUGUCUAAACCGGACAGCAAUCGGUGUCUUAAAGACCCUUGUAACAGGACCAUGUUUUUGCCGCAAGUAAGCUUAUAAAGCGUUGUGAUGUCCGCUUUUAUUCGGAUUCUCAAGAAGCCCCGGUAUCUAAGAUGCGUGUAGCUCGGCCGUUAAACUUAGUGAGCCUGGAUAUCUCUCGCGCUUGUUUUCGUUUUAAUUCAUAUAUCCACCACUGAAAGUACAAGUCCGUGCUGUAGCAACCAAUGUGGCGCUUGUUUCUGUCUACCGCCUUUUGUAAGUCACGUGCGUCGGUCGGGCAAUGUAACCAGGCCGUCAUGAGUAUUGACAUCAUCACAUCGCCCUGUGUAACGUACCAUCCAUCCAUUCCGUCUACCCUCGAUAUCAAUACAACUGUGGGUACGUU